ACCCAUGUGAUGUCUCUAAUUCGCAAAAUAAAAAUAAAAAUAAAAAUGUAGCUUACAUGUAGUUGUCAAUCUCAUGUAGGGUAUUGGUCCGGCAGAUUAAAAAUACCCGUCGCCUAAUUUAUCGCCCCGCACCGGCAAUCGGUACCCGCCAUUUACCUACAAACAGCUGAGGGGCAGCUCUCCAAAGCUCCCCUCACUUUUUCUUUUUUUCUUCAUUUUCAUCUUCAUCUGUCAAAUUCAUCAUCAUUGCGUUUCACUUUGUAUUCUAUACUCACUGCAUAACUAUAUCCUCAUCAUCGCCAUCACCACAGCAUCUCUUUAACGAAUUCCCAAACCAGUCAACCACAUAGCCACCCUACACCUCCAUCGCAACCUCAACCUCAACCACCACACAUACGCCUUACCUUUUCCUCUCUUUCUCCCUCACCGUCUUCUCAACAUGUCCCAAGACAAUCAACUCCUCCUCCCCAUCAUCGACUCCCACAUCCACCUCUACCCCCAAGACGAAGUCGACAACCUCGCCUGGUGCACCCCCGACCACCCGCUCUACGGCCAGCGCUCCAUCGAACAAUACAAAGCAGCAGCCGCUUCCGCCCCCUCGCUCCUCGGCUUCAUCUUUGUCGAGACAGACCGCAAGAAUGAUGUGGCCGCCGGCGAAAAGGACGGCUCGGGCUGGGACGGCCCCCUCCGCGAAGUCGCAUGGAUGAAGCGCCUCGUCACAGGCGAACCCAAAGACGGCCAAGGCCACACCGCCGCCGACGCAAAGCUUUGCUUAGGCAUGGUCCCGUGGGCGCCAAUCCCCAGCGGACCUGAGAUUCUCGCCAAGUACAUUGACAAAGUCAAGGAGACGGCCGGUGACGCAUGGCCUAAGAUCAAGGGCUUCCGGUACCUGCUGCAGGACAAGCCGCAUGGCACGAUGCUCGAGCCCGCCUUUAUUGAGAGCCUCAAGCUGCUGGGCCGGCGCGGGCUGACGUUUGAAGUCGGCAUCGACCAGCACCGGCGCGGCAAGAAGCAGCUCGAUGAGGCGCUGGAGAUGAUUGGCCGCGCGCACGACGAUGUGCCCAAGGACGAGCAAGUCACCUUUAUCCUGAACCACCUCUGCAAACCAGACCUCUCUCUCUACAACACCACAACAGACCCCUCCUUCACAGCAUGGCGCACCGCGCUCUACGCCCUCGGCAAGCACGACAACGUCUACAUGAAACUAUCCGGCUGCUUCUCCGAGAUGCCCGAGACACUCGUCGCGCAGUCCGACAACGCCUCGCACGUCUUCAAGUCCAUUGUCGAGUGGCUCGGCGUCGUGCUCGCCACCUUUGGGCCCGACCGCAUCAUGUUUGGCAGCGACUGGCCCGUGUGCACGGUCGGUAUUGGCGAGGAGGCAUGGCCGCGAUGGAAGGAGAUUGUCGACAAGACGUGCUGGAUGGCGUCGCUGUCGGAUAUCGAUCGGGCCAUGGUGUACGGCGGGACAGCGAAGAAGGCAUACAACUUGUAGAGUAACAUAUCAAGUAAAAUCAAAGAAGGCAUACAACUUGUAGGGUAACAUAUCAAGUAAAAUCAAAAAAAUGCAGUAAUCAUUCUAGAAUGCUAUGCCACGCAGAAAUAAAAAAAAAGCGCCAUCCGGUUCAUAAAAUGCUGCGAGUGCGCCGUGCUCUCAAGCAUACACAAAAAAAGGUAUAUCUGCUGUGCUUGAAAUGAAGAAUAAAAAAGAAGAAAAAAGUAACAUCGCAAACCGUACCAUCCCAUCCUGUCCGUUCCCCUAAACCCUUCGUGUCAAUCUUGAUCAUAAUAAUACCAUGUACUCGUUCCCGUCAUGUCUGUCGUCUUCGUCAUCAGACUGUCUCUCUGUCAUUCAUCAGACACCUCUUCUCAUCCUUCUCAUUUCAUUCAAAUCUGAUCCCGUCGGUGCGCCAUCCUCUCAAUAUUCGCCAUCACCCCAGCCCUCGCAGAAGAACCCCCAAGACUAGCACGGCUUCCUCCUAGACUCUGCCUGGCCGGCGGCGCACUCGCCCGCAUUCUAUCCUGCGGCUGGCGCAGCGACGACCCCGGCGUCCUCAAACCCGAAGCUCGUCCCAUGCUCGCCCGUACAUCCGACCGACGCGGCGUCUUAGCCGGCGUCUUUGCGGGCAUCACAGGCUCCGCCACAGUACGCGGGACACUGCGGUCAGCGCGGGCCGGGAUCUGAGGAGGCGGCGCGUUCUGGAUAGACAUGAGCUCCUCGGCAAGCUGGACAAGCUCGCCCUUUUCCACGCGCUCCCUCUCGAGCAUCAGAUGCAGCUCCUCGUUGUCUUUUCUUGUGGAUGCCGCUACGGCCUCGAGACGCUGCACAUCGGCAUGGAGCUCCUUGAUGGUCGCGCUGUCUCGCACAGUCUGUGCCUUGAGCUCGUCGCUAGCAUUGCUGUUCGUAUGGAUCGGUGAGUGGACGUUGGCUUCGAGAAGCUGGUUCUCCUCGGUGAGCUGGCCGAUGCGGGCCUCGAGCUCGCGAAUCUUCUUCUCCCAGCGGGCCUCAUACGACUUCUUGAGCGCGGCAACCUUGGUCUCAUGUUUACCCUUGUACAGCGCAUGCAGCUCGCGAGCAACACGCUCCACGGCAACCUCCACCUCCUUGUUAGUCGAGGCCGGAUCGUGCCGGUUGUUGUUGUUGCUGUUAUUGUCCAGCGAGGUUCGCUCCGAGGACUUGCCGGCGCGCAUGCCCGCAAUCUUGCUUUCGGCUUCUUGGUGCAGUGUUUCCGCGGCUUCGCGACGCUUCUCGCUCUCGUCCAGCUUCUGCUCAAGGUCCUCUCGCUCCUGGUGACUAGCCUCGAUGUCGUUUCUGGCUUGGCUCAGCACACGCUCCAGCUCACGGCUGCGGUUCUCCCAGUCCUCCUUCUCGUGGCUCAGCUGCUCCUUGAGGGCUUGUUCGUCGCGGAACUGCUCCAUGGUUUCGCCGACGCGCUUCUCGGCAUCGCCAACGGCAGACUUGAGCGAGCGUACUUCGGCCUCCUUGCCGCUUAGCGACGCCUUGAGCGAGCUAAUCUCUGACAUGAAGCUGGACUUGAGCGACUCGACCUCUCUGGCCGAGAUGCUGGGCACGCUUCGGGGCGUAGGCAUAGGCGGGAUGUCAAAGUCCAUCAAGGUCUUUCGGUUUGGUGUGGAUUCAUUGUGAUUUGUCGAAAAGGAUGCAGGCAAGGUGCCACGUUUAUCUGGUGAUCGUCUAGGGUUUCUCAGCGAAUCAGUAUAGUCCAUCAACAAGUUGGACGAGUUGGCCUCGUCUCUUGUGGACGGUCGAGAACCCGUUGCAGACGGCACGCGAGGAGGGAUCCCCCUCAAGCCUGAUAGUUUUGCCGGACUGUGUCCUAGUUUGGAGAGGGUUGCCAGGUCUGGCAUUGCUGAAAAGGUGCUAAAGGUGCUCAUCAUAGUCUCAUCUGCCGCUAGGGCGUCAUUGUCAUUAUCGUUAUCUCCAGCUGAGAGCUCGUCUUCAAAGAUAUCAAUAGCCUGCUUAAGAGCAUCGUUACCUUGCAGCAAGCUCUCCAAGCUGACUUUGCGCUGGUGCUCUGCCAGGGCCGCAAAGCUGUCCCCGGAGCCGCUAACUUUGACGGGAAAUCUCUUCUCUGGCGAGACCCUGCGCACGCAACGCAGCGGUGGAGGAGGCAUAGCCCCCAAAUCUGCGAGGCCGCUGUCCGGGCUACUUCUCUUCCUAUUGAGAAUCUUCAGCGGGGACAGCUCGGUGCCUGAGAUGACGCGGCUGUGGCUUCUGCGGGACGGUUGGAGGUUUUCUUGAU